GAACUCACUCCUGCGAGCGAGCGGCGGCGCUCAGCAUUGUGGCAGGCGGCUGGGACGGGCUAGGGCGCCAGAGCCGCAGGCAGCCGCGGGGCUCCGAGAGGCGCGCACAAGGGCUGGGACUGCGCGGCGCCGCCGCUGCGAGCGCCACUGAGCGGUCGCGCAACUCCGGAGCCAGAGCGCCGGAGCUAGGGGAGCGCUCGGAGACCCGGAGCCAGAGGGGCGCGCCGGAGCCUGGUUCGAGAGCGGGUCCCAGGCACCCACCGCGCUCCGAGUGCCAGGCGGCCCUCCGCGCAGCGUGGCUGCCGCUGCCCCCACGGAAGGCACGGGCUGGCGCGGCCGGGCGCCGGGGAGGACGGCGAGGAGGAGGCGGCGGCGACGAAGACGGCGGCGGCGAGGCUGGGGCCAGGGAGACAGCCCCGGGGGAGAGGCGCCCGAACCGGGCCGCGGGAGCAUGUGGGCCCGGAGCGGAGCUCGGGGCGCGCUGCUGCUGGCACUGCUGCUCUGCUGGGACCCGAGGCUGAGCCAAGCAGGCACUGAUUCCGGCAGCGAGGUGCUCCCUGACUCCUUCCCUUCCGCGCCGGCAGAGCCGCUGCCCUACUUCCUGCAGGAGCCACAGGACGCCUACAUUGUGAAGAACAAGCCUGUGGAGCUCCGCUGCCGCGCCUUCCCUGCCACGCAGAUCUACUUCAAGUGCAACGGCGAGUGGGUCAGCCAGAACGACCAUGUCACACAGGAAGGCCUGGAUGAGGCCACCGGCCUGCGGGUGCGCGAGGUGCAGAUCGAGGUGUCGAGGCAGCAGGUGGAGGAGCUCUUUGGGCUGGAGGAUUACUGGUGCCAGUGUGUGGCCUGGAGCUCUGCGGGCACCACCAAGAGUCGCCGAGCCUAUGUCCGCAUCGCCUACCUGCGCAAGAACUUCGAUCAGGAGCCUCUGGGCAAGGAGGUGCCCCUGGACCAUGAGGUUCUCCUGCAGUGCCGCCCACCGGAGGGAGUGCCCGUGGCCGAGGUGGAAUGGCUCAAGAAUGAGGAUGUCAUCGACCCUACCCAGGACACCAACUUCCUGCUCACCAUCGACCACAACCUCAUCAUCCGCCAGGCCCGGUUGUCAGACACUGCCAACUAUACCUGCGUGGCCAAGAACAUCGUGGCCAAACGCCGGAGCACCACUGCCACCGUCAUCGUCUACGUGAAUGGUGGCUGGUCCAGCUGGGCAGAGUGGUCGCCCUGCUCCAACCGCUGUGGCCGAGGCUGGCAGAAGCGCACCCGGACCUGCACCAACCCCGCCCCACUCAACGGAGGGGCCUUCUGCGAGGGCCAGGCCUUCCAGAAGACCGCCUGCACCACCAUCUGCCCAGUCGAUGGGGCGUGGACGGAGUGGAGCAAGUGGUCAGCCUGCAGCACUGAGUGUGCCCACUGGCGGAGCCGCGAGUGCAUGGCGCCCCCACCCCAGAACGGAGGCCGUGACUGCAGCGGGACGCUGCUCGACUCUAAGAACUGCACAGAUGGGCUGUGUAUGCAAAAUAAGAAAACUCUAAGCGACCCCAACAGCCACCUGCUGGAGGCCUCAGGGGAUGCGGCGCUGUACGCGGGGCUCGUGGUGGCUGUCUUCGUGGUCGUGGCAAUCCUCAUGGCGGUGGGGGUGGUGGUGUACCGCCGCAACUGCCGUGACUUCGACACAGACAUCACUGACUCAUCUGCCGCCCUGACUGGGGGUUUCCACCCUGUCAACUUCAAGACGGCCAGGCCCAACAACCCGCAGCUCCUACACCCCUCUGUGCCUCCUGACCUGACAGCCAGUGCCGGCAUCUACCGCGGACCCGUGUAUGCCCUGCAGGACUCCACCGACAAGAUCCCCAUGACCAACUCUCCUCUGCUGGACCCCUUACCCAGCCUUAAGGUCAAGGUCUACAGCUCCAGCACCACGGGCUCUGGGCCAGGCCUGGCAGACGGGGCUGACCUGCUGGGGGUCCUGCCGCCGGGCACAUACCCUAGUGAUUUCGCCCGGGACACCCACCUCCUGCACCUGCGCAGCGCCAGCCUUGGUUCCCAGCAGCUCUUGGGCCUGCCCCGAGACCCAGGGAGCAGUGUCAGCGGUACCUUUGGCUGCCUGGGUGGGAGGCUCAGCAUCCCUGGCACAGGGGUCAGCCUACUGGUGCCCAAUGGAGCCAUUCCCCAGGGCAAGUUCUACGAGAUGUAUCUACUCAUCAACAAGGCAGAAAGCACCCUCCCGCUUUCAGAAGGGACCCAGACAGUAUUGAGCCCCUCUGUGACCUGCGGACCCACAGGCCUCCUGCUGUGCCGCCCCGUCAUCCUCACCAUGCCCCACUGUGCCGAAGUCAGUGCCGGUGACUGGAUCUUUCAGCUCAAGACCCAGGCCCACCAGGGCCACUGGGAGGAGGUGGUGACCCUGGAUGAGGAGACCCUGAACACACCCUGCUACUGCCAGCUGGAGCCCAGGGCCUGCCAUAUCCUGCUGGACCAGCUGGGCACCUAUGUGUUCACGGGCGAGUCCUAUUCCCGCUCAGCAGUCAAGCGGCUCCAGCUGGCCGUCUUCGCCCCCGCCCUCUGCACCUCCCUGGAGUACAGCCUCCGGGUCUACUGCCUGGAGGACACGCCUGUAGCACUGAAGGAGGUGCUGGAGCUGGAGCGGACUCUGGGUGGCUACUUGGUGGAGGAGCCAAAACCCCUGAUGUUCAAAGACAGUUACCACAACCUGCGCCUCUCCCUCCAUGACCUCCCCCACGCCCAUUGGAGGAGCAAGCUGCUGGCCAAAUACCAGGAGAUCCCCUUCUAUCACAUCUGGAGCGGCAGCCAGAAGGCCCUUCACUGCACUUUCACCCUGGAGAGGCACAGCUUGGCCUCCACAGAGCUCACCUGCAAGAUCUGCGUUCGGCAAGUGGAAGGGGAGGGCCAGAUAUUCCAGCUGCACACCACACUGGCGGAGACACCUGCUGGCUCCCUGGACACUCUCUGCUCUGCCCCUGGCAGCGCCAUCACCACCCAGCUGGGACCUUAUGCCUUCAAGAUCCCGCUGUCCAUCCGCCAGAAGAUAUGCAACAGCCUAGAUGCUCCCAACUCACGGGGCAAUGACUGGCGAAUGUUGGCGCAGAAGCUUUCUAUGGACCGGUACCUGAAUUACUUUGCCACCAAAGCGAGCCCCACGGGUGUGAUCCUGGACCUCUGGGAAGCUCUGCAGCAGGACGAUGGGGACCUCAACAGCCUGGCCAGUGCCUUGGAGGAGAUGGGCAAGAGUGAGAUGCUGGUGGCUGUGGCCACUGAUGGGGACUGCUGAGCCUCCUGGGACGGCGGGCUGGCAGGGACUGACAGGAGGCAGGUGCAGGGAGGCCUGGGGGAGCCUCCUGAUGAGGAUGUUUGGCCUCUGCUUCCUCCCAGUUCACAGCCAGAGUUGCCUCUCCUCCUCCUCUUCCCCAACCCCCAGACCACAACCAGCCUUAGAAAAUCCAUGUACUCUGUUGUUAGGGGGCCCAGAGUUCCUUCUCCAUCCCCACUCUCUGUCUCUUGGCCUGAGAUCUCUGUGCGGGAACCAAGAUGGGGCUGAAGCCUCUGGAGUCAGUUGGGGCAGGCAGGAGGCCCUCCCUCCACCCUCUUACCCUCAGCCUGGCAACUUCUGAGUUCCAUGGGUUUUAAUUCCGUUCUUCAUUUUCUUCCUCCAUUAUUGAUUUAUCCUUUCUCCCUAAGCCCCCUUCUGCUUCCACGCCCUUUUCCUCUUUGAAGAGUCAAGUACAAUUCAGACAAACUGCUUUCUCCUGUCCAAAAGCAAACAGGUAAAGGAAAGAAAGAAAGCUUCAGACUGCUAGUAAGGCUUAAAGAAGAACAAAAACACCAAAACCACAAGGGAAAAGAAAACCCCAGUUUCUUAGGAAACGCUAAUGAUUUAUUAUCCAGAUUAUUUGGAUAAGUCCUUUUUAAGAAAAAAAAAAAAAAGAAAAUGAAAAACAACACAAAAAAAUAGAAAACUCUUUUCUUGAGUGUGGAUGAGAAUGGGCACACUCACACUUCUGGCCAGGAGUGAAUGUGCCUGUGUGUGUGUGUGUGUGUGUGUGUGUGUGUGUGUGUACAUGUACAUGUGUACAUUGGGGAGAGAGAGACUGAACAGAGAAUACUUUGCUGCUAACAAAUCCAUCUUGGACUAAAUUCUGACAAGCCCUCAGUUUCCCCAGUUGUGCAGGGAGUAGAUCAGACAGGGUUUUCACUGUCUAGAGUUAGCUGGCUAGAUUUUCCUCUAAAAUCUUAAGCAGAUGCUGAAUCCAUAAAGCCAAGGAGUGCUAAGGGCUGGAGUGGGUGGGCCCUCCCUCCCACAGCCCCAGGGAGAUACCUCUGGGCUCCUGGGAAUCUAGAUUAAGAAAGUUGGGAUGAAAGAGGAGGCCAGCUGUGAGCCAGGGAGAAUGUUCCAGUCUGGUUUUGGUCUGGUGGCUCCUAGAAAGGGAUGUGGCUCAGAAGUGGGACUCAAACAGAGAGAUGAAGUGGGGGAGGAGAGUCCUCUACAGAUAUCUCUCUCCUGGGGGCUGGAUAGCUUUACCCUAAGGUAGGGCCAGCCCUGACACCCUCAUCCCAUCCUCAGCCCAGCAGGCUCUAGAGCAGGGUGACGCUCUCUUGAUGGCCAGGAAUCCAGAAUCUGCCCUUCCCUUCUCUCUGCCAGGUACCUGAAUUACUUUGCCACCAAAGCGAGCCCCACCGGUGUGAUCCUGGACCUCUGGGAAGCUCUGCAGCAGAAACCAGCCUUGGUUUCUCCUUCUGUAAAGCAGAGUGGUGGCUGAGAGGUCCUUUCUAGCUCCAGAAGCUGGAGCUUCCCAGUGUCAGUCAGCCCUGCAGUGUGGGAGGCUGGGAGACGGGUGGCGUGGCUGUGCUUUGCAUGCCCAGGAGUAGAGGAGGAGGCUGAGAAGCUGGUUUCCCAGCUCUGAUCUCCACAGGCACCUCCUAUAACCCUCCUCUUACCCACCCCGCCACGGUCUGGGAGAUCUGAAAUAACCUUUCCCGGUGGGUGGGGUUGCCAGGGUAGAGGAGACGGCACACACCACCCCUACCCAACCUGUUCCAGGGGCCCUGCAUGGUGCAGGAUGAGUCUCUGCCCUGUGCAACUGCCUGGCAGUGGCUGGGACAAGGAUCUUGCAGCCAGCACAGAGGCCUCAUCAAAGGCCUCUCCCUCUUGGCACUCCAGGCAAGGCAAGUGCCAGCUUCCCCAACACUUCCAGGCAGUGACCCUGGGGCGUGCCCCAGCAGGCCUCUGAGCAGCCACUGGGACCCGUCUCAGCACAUCCUGGCCUUUGAAAGUCUGAUAUCCUGAGAGGAGGGCAGGUUUUAGGGCCGCAGUUCCAGCCAGCGUCCCCAGCUUGGCUUCCCUGCCAUGGACUCGGCAGCUCGCAGGGCUUCUUACCACCCACCAGCCCCCUGGGGUGUGGCCUGGCUGUGGGCAGAGGAGGACUUGCCUGGAGAUUUGAGAGAGGAUUCCUUCUACCAGGGCUGCUGAGGGCCAGGUCUGCAUCAGGGGCUGGACCCUGACCGGGUCCAGAGGCUGAGACUAAGGCUCUCAACCCUGGUGCCUCCAGGCACCAGGAUGCUGCCUCGGAUGAAGGAAAGUGCCGGAUGAUGGGCAUUUUCCCUGCCAAAGUGCCCGUCCCAUGGGCUCAGCCUCACUGGUUACUGUUAGCCCAUGCACACGUGUGGGCCUCGGUCACGUGGCUUUGAGGGCAGUCUGACCAGGCUAGACCACAUGUGCCGUGAGAGGGGGUGCCAUUCCCCUUGCAGGCUCUGACAUGUCCACACGCAGCCUGGCAGUCCAAAGACCAGGAAUCGAGUUGCAAAUCUGCCAUUAAACUGCUGUGUGACUUCAGGCAUAUCACUGCCUUCUCUGGGCUUCAGUGUCCUUUUCAUACCUAGAAGGCUGCAGUCUGAGGCUCUUUGGGUUCAGACACACCGUUCUAGGCUUCUGUAGGGGACCCCGUGAUCUGCCGUGCCCCUCCUCCCUGUUCUUUUCUGUCCUCCCCGCCCCACCCUCAGAAGCUGCUUGCUCUGCCCCCAGGACAGGAGCUUGACGGAUGAGGUGCAGCCAGCCACCCAGGUGCCAUUUCCAGUCUGACUUCUGGAAAUGUGCACCAUGUCCUAGAGCACAGACCCAUUGACUGGAGCCUCCUGGGAGGGUUCAAACUGUCCAGCUCUACGAGAAAUGCCCAGAAAGAAUGUGCCGACUCCAUCCGUCUGUGGAGGCUGUCUGCCUCCAGGGUGGGAUCGGUGGUUUCUCCUCCAAUUCAGACCUGAGAGGUAGCCCGAGGGCAUGUACCUGGUGGGCAGCAGCUCAGGUACCGUUGGGGGUUGCAGGGCCCUUACACAGGUGUUUCUCUCUCUCUCCUCUCUGGGGUGCGCGUGUGCAUGCGCGUGUGUGUGCCUGUGCUGUUCUCUGUGAGCACAUCAGGGUGCCCUUCCGAGAACACGUGCACGUGUCCCCACCUGAGCAAGCGUGUGUGUGUGCUUCUCUGCGUCCCAGGUUUGGACGUCUGGAGGUUGGUGUGCCUGUCUUCUGCCCACCCUGAGCCCACAGGGUCAGUCAGUGUAUCUUCUACGUGCCUCUCCCUCUGCCUUCUCUCACAGUGCCCCCGGCUCCAGAGCUCAGGGGUAGGGGUUCUCCUGAAGGUGCAGGGGACCCUCCUCAUCUCCUGGACCCUCCAGGGCACUCUGGUCCCUAUUCCCCAGCUCCCAGGCAGCUGAGCCGGGUCUCUUAGGGGGGGUGACCAGCAGCUUUGGUGCAGGGAGCUCUUGGUGGGGCAAAGGGCUGGACCCCUGCCAGGUCCGUGGACAUGGUUAUAUGCCCGGGAGGGGCGGGUGCAGGGCCCCAGGGAUGGCCCCCAACCCCACCUCUGUUUAUUCUGUCAACUACAACCUAUAAAUAACCUUUAGCAUUCCUAUUGUAACAAAAUUAAUUUUUAUGAAAUAAAUUAUAUUUCCUAGUCUAAUAAAAUC